AUAAAAAAAAAAAAACCCCGCUGUUUUAAGAAGUGUGCCUCCGGUUCGAUGCUCGCGGUACAACCUGGAUUUUAACAGCCCACCAAAAGACGCCUCGGACCGGCAUUGUUGGCCGCGCACACACACACACACACACACACACACACACACACACACACACACACACACACACACACACACACACACACACACACACACACACAUCGGGCAAACUUAUGCGCGGAACAAUCGGCUAGCCGUUAGCCGUUAGCUGCUAACCGCUAACUGGUUACCAACUGCCGUUAAACCGCUCGGUUGCUAAGCGAGCCGCGUCUGUCCGCGCGCAAGCAGUUUAAACGUUAAAGCUCGGUGGAAACUACAACGUCAGCAGCGGCGGUUGCCCCCCCACCACCGACCGUCCGACCGACCGACCGUCCGUCGGUUAAAACGCGUUAUUGGUGGACUUUUCACGGCCGCACCGGUUUGUCGAGCUAGUUCUGGCUAGCGCGUUAGCCGGUGUCAGUGCGCUGUAACGUCGGCAGCUGAAAUCCGCCGCCGUUGUUUUUGUGCUCGAUGCAGUGAUCGGGAAAACUACCGCCGAGGACAACGAGCCACGGUACCGUUAGCCACCCGGGCUAACUAGUCGUUCACAAGAGGGGGAAGAGAGAGAGAGAGGGUGAGAGAGGAGGGGGGAGACACGAAAACAGGCUUGGUUAGACUGUAGUGUACUUGUUGGUUUUGGUGUCACAGAAAGCGUUAGAGAGAAUAUGUUGAAACAGUCUGCUGCUGCGGUGUUAAUGUUUUAUAUUUAGCCCCGAGAGCUAACGGUAAGUUCAGUGUGCUACGGUUAGCCCCCCCCUCUCUCCAACAAGCUAACGGCAAGCUAACUGCCUGGAAGUUGGUCCAUGCUAACGCUUUAGCUCGCUCGGCUGCUACAUGGACCAACUCUGUUGUUGUUGUUUGUUGUUUUUGUCCACUGAACCUGUUCUCGGGGAGUUUAUAUUAUCAACCCCCCCCUCUCAACUUCGGAGUUCACCUGCUGCAAACUACAGUUAACUUAAACCGGCGUACACGUGCUUGCAUGCAGCCUCGUCUUCGUGUGUAGUUUUUUUUUUAAAACGACGUCCUCGCCGACUACAACUUUAUCGAUAUUGAGCUCGCGGCUGCUGAUUAGCUCGGGAUGUCGGGAUUUUGAGGUUUUCUCAUCGGCAUGUGUACCAAACAGCACUCCGUGGAUCUAAUGCUGCCAGUAGGCCCCCCCACUGCCCCCCCAACUCCCAGAGGAAGUGUUGAACUACAGGUCAGCAACAAGAGAUGAGCGGUCCAACACGACGGUGCCCACAUUCUGCUGCAGAGGAGAGAGCACCAGGAUGAUGAGACUGUAGGCACCCGCCGUAGUAUGGCCGCGUCCCGUUCCUCACGCGUCACAAGGUCGUCAGUGGGGCUCAAUGGAUUGGAUGAGAACUUUUGUGGUCGAACCCUCAGGAACCGCAGCAUCGCCCAGCCGGAGGAGACGUCGGUGUCUCCGCUACCAAGGGCCCGCUCCCCCAAGAAGAAGCAGGAAUCCAAGCAGGAGUCGAAACAGGACGCCAAGCAGGAAUCCAAGCAGGACGCCAAGCAGGAGUCGAAACAGGACGCCAAGCAGGAGUCGAAACAGGACGCCAAGCAGGAAUCGAAACAGGACGUCAAGCAGGAGUCAAAGCAGGACGUCAAGCAGGAAUCGAAACAGGACGUCAAGCAGGAGUCAAAGCAGGACACUCAGCAGCCGGAUGGCCAGCAGCAGGCCUCGUUACAGGGAAAGGUAACUGACUCGAACGCUCCUCCAGCUGAGGCGGAGCAAUGGACCAGCUCCAGGAAGCGGGGUGUGUCCUGUGUAGAAAAAGACAUUAGUCCUGAGAAGUCCGAGAACUGUGAUAGAGGGAAGGGGGUGCGAGAUGCCUGUCCUCAAAUUAAAAGGGCCAAGCGGUGCUCCCGCUCUGGAGAGUCUCAGGGACACGAGGAGGACCCUGAGCUUUUGAAACCUGAAAGUCCAGUCUCUGUCCCAGAGCCUAGCAAGGACAACAGUUGUGAAGAAUUUCCCAGCCAAAACUCUGCCAACACAGCUCCUGCCUCACCUGUCCUCAGUAAAGAGGAAGGUGAGCUGACAGGGGGGAAGGCAGAGGAUGGUCAUGUGGAGUGUGACGGGGCAGCUCAGCCCCCGAAUGCUCACAAGGCCUCUAAUGGACUCAGAGAGAAUAAAGCAGAGGAACCUAGCACACUCAUUGAAGAGCCCAGUGCAAACCCCACCUCUGCCACCAACUGCCCGUCGCUGCUCAACGGUAGUCAGACGGGGGCUCCCUCAUCCCCUGACCCCACUGUGCCUUGUAGAAACUCUGUCCCUGUGCAGAUGGAGGUCUCUGGCUCAGGGGAAUCGCCAGCCUCAUCUGUGCCGACAUUUGAGGCUGUUCCAGAGGAUCCUGUCCCUGAGUUGAUAGUGGCCAAGGAGCAGGAGGUGGAGGAGGUGGAGGUUGACGUGGUGGGUGACCCGCUGUGUCUGGCCCACGAGGAGCAGGUGACGGAGACUGACAACGACGCCAACGGCCGGCCGCUAACACCAGUGCAGGAAGCUGCUGCAUCCACCUCCUCCGCUACCACCAACAUGAACAGUAGUCCAAUCAACAACAACAACAGCAACUCAGGAGAAACAACACCCCCACUAGCAACAACCCCCUCCCCCACAGAGCCAGGGUGUAACCCCUCAAUAUCCAGCACGCCCCCCUCUUUCACAGAGCUAUACGAACACAGAUACACCCUGCGAACUUCACCCAGGAGGGCUGCCACUGGUGGCAAGGCCUCCUCCUACAUGCUCAGCUCUCCUCCCAGAGACAAUGGUCCCUUGAGGGAAGAGGGGGAGGUGGUUGUUGGGCUGGAGGAGGACUGCCCUGUGGUGGAGGAACCUGCUCCCUCAGACUCUGUUGGCCCCUCCAGUGAGGAGCCGGUCUCCGUGGAUCCGGGGGACAGGGCGGGUGACGAGGAAGGUGUGCCUGUGGAGGGGAAAGAGGCAGAGAGGAGCAAGGAGCUGACGCGGAGCCAGGCUGCAGAGGAGGAGGAGGAGGAAGAGGAGGAGCCAGACGUGUAUUACUUUGAGUCAGACCACCUGGCUCUUAAACACAACAAAGAUUAUCAGAGGCUGCUGCAGACCAUCGGAGUUCUCGAGGCCCAGCGCACGCAGGCCAUCCUGGACCUGGAGACGUUGGCGCGUCACCAGAGGGAGGCGCUCGCUGAUCCCAUCAGCUUUGUGGAGCAGCUGCAGAAACAGGUGAAUUUGGGUUUGCCGUGUCCUCAGCGAGUCGUCCAGCUCCCUGACAUUGCGUGGGAGCAGUACACCUCAGGCCUCGGUGACUUUGAGAGAGAGUUCUGCGACAAGAAACGCAAAACCAGGCGGUUAAAGCUGAUCUUCGACAAAGGUUUGCCCGAUCGACCAAAAAGUCCCGUGGAGCCCAAGAAGGAAGGCGAAUCCUCCACCAUGUACUCCUCUCUGCCGACCAGUGAUGCACCAGAGAACGGCAGGCAAGCGCAGAUGAUCAGGGGGAGGAUUUGUCACCCAAACAAGCCUGACACGUUUAACCAGCUGUGGACUGUGGAGGAGCAGAAAAAACUGGAGCAGCUUCUUGUUAAAUUUCCUCCCGAGGAAGUAGAGUCUAGAAGAUGGCAGAAGAUUGCUGAUGAGUUGGGCAAUCGAACAGCAAAACAGGUUGCCAGUAGGGUUCAAAAGUACUUCAUCAAACUGACAAAAGCUGGUAUCCCUGUGCCUGGAAGAACACCCAACCUCUGCAUGUACACAAAAAAGGCAUCCAGUAAGAGGCAGCACCACCUUAACAAGCACCUGUACCGGCCGUCUACUUUCCUGACCUCCUAUGAGCCUCCGGUCUACAUGGAUGAAGAGGACGAGCGCUCGGCGUAUUACAGCGGCGUGCAGGACCCCUCCGCUGAUGACUCGGAUGAGGAGGCUAUUCCUGUGGAGUUGAGAAAUUUGCCAGAGUACAAAGAGCUUUUAGAGCUGAAGCGACUGAAAAAACAGACGCUCCAGGAGAUCCGAGAGGACAAGGUCGGGGGGCGGCACGUCGGCUACAAGUGUGACGUCUGCGGCAUGGAGCCCAUCCAGGGAGUGAGGUGGCACUGUCAGGAUUGUCCGCAGGACAACUCAGUCGAUUUCUGCUCCAACUGCUCCGACUGCUUGUUCAAGACAGAAACCCACAAGCCUAACCACCACUUGGAACCGGUGCACCAGACAGACACCUUUCUGGACAGGGACUACUGCCUGCCGCAGAGCACAGGCUACAACUACCUGGACCCUAACUACUUUCCAGCCAACAGAUGACAGGGUCCCAGGCGCCUCUAGCUCCAGGCUCUCUCCACAUACCCCACAGGCCACUCUGUGCAUGGCUCCAUCCUCCAAGUCCAAGAUAACCGCUUAACCCGCCGCCAGGCAGGAAGGCCAGCAGGCAGGCAGACAGCCAGGGGCCUCAGAGCAGACCACGGUGCUGCUGGUGGGGGGGGCUAUUGGUAAAACUGGCCUCCCUGACUCGAGCGAAGGGUGGCCAUGUUGGUUCCUCAGAACAAGGGGGCCCCCGCUCCACCUCAGCCAGGUUAAUCAAUGGAUCUGUGAUUUGAAACGAUACACUAUUUUUAAAAAAACAAACAAAAUAAACAGAAGGCACACCAACAUUCCCGAGCUCUGUGACUCCAGGAGGGCUGUCCCCUUUUCCCCUCCUCCCCUCAUCACCCUCCAGUUACCUCCUCUCCCCCCCGUGCUGCUUCGAAACUGGAGAAUUGACGAUCAGUCUGGUGAAGCGCCACCUAAUGGAGAUGUGUGGUCAUAGUGGACUGUGAAGUCAUCAACUGAGAUACACAUAGGUGGUUUGUAUGUGUGUUUGUGGUCUCCGUGUUAUGCAAGAGUGACAAAUGUUCUAGCUAGGUAUCCGUAGAUUGAGUAUUUAUGAGUCACAGCUUCCUCGGCGGGAGUUGUGGCUGCUGCGAGAGAAGUGAGGCGGCGUGGAACUUGCCGUCGAGGUCGGUCUGUUUUUUCCCGGCGGCAGACUGUAGGAAGUUCUGCCCGAUCCACGCGACGUUCUGCUAACAGACCUGUAUGUGUUAAACGGAUUGUGCGCCAUGUUUCAGCAUGGGGCCCCCCAUCCCUACCACUGUCACAACGCUGCUCUCUACCCCCCUCACCUUUCAAACACACACACACACACACACACACACACACACACACUUUUUAUCUGUAUUUCCUUUUCCCUUUGCUCUCUCCACUAAAACAUGUCUAACAAAGGAAGCACUACAGCACGGAGAGCAAAUGUUUUUUGAAGGCAGGCGAAUGGGAAUGUAUGGAAAAGUACACAAGACUGUGUUUUUGUUUUCAUCUUUUUUUUUUCUCCUUCCCCAGUGUGUGCCGUUGUUGAUCAUGUUGAGUGUACAAGUAUAUGGUGAAAAGUAGCCAGCGCUAGUUGCUGUGUGCCAUUUUUAAAAGAGAAAUUAGUUUUGUUUUUGUUUUGGGGGGGGAUUCCACUUCUGAACCUGGCCACAAGUUCUCCCUUCCUGCGUGGCACCAUCGACCCACAUUCUCCUGCAUUAUUGAUCCAGUCAUAAUGCCUCUAGAUAUUUAAUUUUGCAGUCCACUUUAAAAAGGUCCAUUUAAAAGAUUGUAUUUUUAUUAAUCUAUUUAAAAAAAAAAAAAGAAAAGAAAAAAGAAUUGAGGUAGAGGUUGGUGCCUCCACAGUGGAACAACCCACACAAUUUUAUACACAUAGAUUUUGUUGUGCUUGAGUAGACACCAUUUUGUAUGGUUUUCGUCUCCUUCCCUUCACCCCCUUUGCCCUGCUUCAAUAUCUGUGUAUAAGUCUGUUCUUAUGUAAAAAAAAAAAAAAUAAUAAUGUAAAAAAAAAAAAAUGCUAGAGGAGAACCGUGGAAAUAAAAGUAUGUGAAAAUA